UUGGAGAUCAGCUGAGCUCGUGCGUCGCUGCAGUGAGCGCGCGGGUGCUGGCGGCGGAGGAUCGGAGCGACUCGGCUCGGAUAUCGUGUGAACCCCCCCCUCCCCCUGCUCGACCGGAGACGGGGUGUGAUUCCCGGCUGUGAGAAUGUGACGCCUCGGUGCCGCCGGUGGUUUUUUAUUCAUGAGAACGAGCGGACGAUCUUUUUUUUGUUGUUGUAUCGAUAUUUGCUUCAUGACUCGUCCCCUCGGGGUGAAACACCUGGACUGAGCCGAACCGAGGAGGAGACCCAUGUGUGUGGCUGUGCAGCGGUGCAGUAAUAUGUCCAGGAGAAAACAGAGCAACCCCUUCAGAGUUGACUGGCCAUUCCACACUUCAGGCAUCACAGGACUUCAGCACACUAUUAACAUGGACGGCAGGGACGAAUUCACCGAAGACAGUGAAUGCUGCAGCAACAACUCCCGGGAAAUCCAAGGGCAGGAUAGCAUUACAGGGAUGUGUUUGCCUCCAUAGAAGACAGCGAUAGUGACCUUGACAACCACGGUGAAGACUCGUCCUCCAACACCUCCGCUGACGACCACAUGUCCACCAAGAGAACACCGUGCCGCCUACAAGGAGCGGGAGUCAAAGAGGAGAGUGAGGACGGGACAGACCACAUCAGCACCUUUGUUUGUCCUCUCUGCCCGCUGGAUUUCAGCAGCCCUGAGAAACUCAUCUCCCAUGUCUACCAGCACACGGCCAUGAUGAGCAACACCAAGAGCUAUGUGUGCCCAGUGUGUGGGCGAGCCCUGAGUUCGCCUGGCUCACUUGGACGGCAUCUUCUCAUCCAUUCCGAGGACCGCCUCUCCAACUGCGCUGUCUGCGGCGCACGCUUCACAGACAUUAACAACUUUAACAGGGAGAAGCUUAAAGAUGUCCUUGAAACAAACAGGAUGGAUGUCAGUGCAAGAGACGCCUGCUCCAUGUCCCCGUCCCUCUCCAGUAGCCCCAUGGACAGCCCAGGCUCUGGCACUCGCUCCUGCCAUGGACCAGGCCCCAGCCCAAGUUCAUGUCAGGGUCCGCGCCCAUGUCAAGCAUCUGACCCAAGCCCCAACUUAUGUCAAGCCCAUCGCACCUGCCAGGGACCAGGCCACAUCUCGAGCCAGUGUCAAGGCCCCAGGUCAUGUCACGGCCUGGGUUCUGGAUCAUGCUCAGGCCCAGGACAGUGCACAGGCUCUGACCAAGGACCUGCCUUUCCCUCGCUGUCCGACAGUCUCCUCUCUGAAGGGCCGUCACUCGCAUCUAUCCCUGAUGCACUUAACUCCUCUUCCUCAGGCCUUCCUCCUAUCCCUGACAUACUCAGCCCCAUGCCGGUGUAUCCUGCUGGGGUUCUGCUGGUGUGCAACAGCUGCGUUGCCUAUCAGCAGUUGGUGGAGGCCCAGUCGCCAAUGCGAAAAUGGGCUCUGCGUAGGAAGAACGAACCCGUGGAGGCUCGCAUGCAGCGUCUGGAGCGCGAGCGCACGGCAAAGAAGAACAAGAGGGCUUGUGAGACGGACGAGGAGAAGGAGCUGAGGAGGCUGAGGGACCGCGAGGCCAAGCGCAUGCAGAGGAUGCAGGAGAGCGAGGACCAGAGGGCGCGCAGGCUGCAGAGAGACAGGGAGGCCAUGCGUUUAAAGAGGGCCAACGAGACGCCGGAGAAGAGGCAGGCUAGGCUGAUCCGUGAGAGGGAGGCGAAGAGGAUCAAGCGACGACUGGAGAAGAUCGACCCUGCUCUGAGGACACAGAUAGAGCAUGAUCCCGCCGCCAUGGCUGCGCUCACAGCGGACAUGAGUCUCUUUCAGUUCCCCUGCCCUAUGCCUGUCCCUUCCAUUGAUAACAGUCUGUUCAUGAAGCUGCCCUGAUCGCACCGGGCCUCUGGGAGAAGGGUUUUAUGACAAACUGGCUUCUGAACAGCAUCAUUAACCUCCAGGCUGUCGUGGUCACAGCAAAAACAUUCCUCGCUGGUUUACUCCCAGCGUCUUCUGUGUCGAACAGAUUCACACAAACUGUUUGUUGAAUACAGUAAAAACUACAUCAGUUUCUAAUUUAUUACAGUGGAGAAAACCUUGGAAACAGGGUUGAGAAUGUUUCAUAUUGUAUGGAUGAUGACAUAAAAGCAUGUUGUAAAGAGAUUUAUCUUUUUUUCUGUGGACUCUCAGAUUUAACACAGUUCAUUCUAGUAGGAGCAGUUGUACUUCCUUAGAGGGAAAAAAAAGUCUUUUGCACAUGGACCUUCAGUAAAGGGAGCGGGGACUCUGUAGCCCCAGCCCCCUCCUCUCUGGUCCACUCCGACAGCCCAGUGACUCGGGUUUACCGGUAGCUACACCUCUCUCUUCAAGCUGCCACCGUGGGUCCCUGGGAAGUUCACAUUCAGUCAAACUACUACCUCAGCCGGCGCCGUGGUGGCGUCCUUUGUCCUGUGGCUUACUCCAACUGCAAGCUUCCAAAGCUCUACAUGUACUGUACACUUCUACAGAGGACGGGUUGUUUUCCCACAGUUUGUGUUUGCAUUUAUCACUCAGGCACUUUAAUAGGACACAAACAUUCACAGGGAGGAGCAGCUGACAAAAACACACCAGUACUACACAAAUGUCUUAGGUUUGAUGAUAAAGUUUCUUAACAGACACACUCUGAAUGUUUUGUCCUAUUGAACUCGCCCAGUGUCGAGCAACAUUCCCCCUCAUCUCCUGAGUUGUACAUUCGCUUCUUUACAUUCUCAUUUGCCAACAUUUGUUUUUCUUUAUGCUGUUAAACCUUUUCGCCAGUGUCAUAUAUAUUUUUUGACUUUCUGUUACAGAGCAUUUCUUGGGCUCUUAGAAACUGCUGCUGUUCUUGUACUGUACAAUACAUUAGUUACCUCUUAUGUAUUUUGGGCUCAUCAGUCACAUUAUGAGUAUUGUGCUUAAACGUUCUGUUAAAGUGGAACAGCACCUGAAUAUGUUACCCAUGUGACCACUCAACUUGUCUCAUUACUUGAACUCUGCCCAUAAAGAUGCAUUUGUUUUCCUGAUGAUGGAUAAAUUACAAUAUGAAAGGUUAUUACUUUGUCGGGGGUGAUACACAGAUGAUGCAACCUCUGCUUCGUGCAACUUGUGUAGCAUUCACAUGCUGUGUGAGGCUGCAGUACCUUCAAAAGUUCUAAACAGUACCACUCUCCUAUAUCUUCCCUGUCUGCUGAAACACUAUUGAAUCACGACAGGUGGGAAUUAAUUUAACCUCACAUUCUGAUUUUUUAAAUUUCCCCAUCUGCUACCGAGCACUGAGGCUAAUUUCAAGUCCAUACUGGGAGAGAGAUGUUAUUCAUCUGUAUUCAUUGACCUCAUUCCAGCACAUAUUUAUGCAAUAUGAUGUGAAUAUAUUUUUCUUGUGGAAAUAUUUGGGUUACUCCGUUUCCGUCAAGUGGUAUAAAAUUCUUUUAAUGAAUGUUUUGAGUUAGAGGCCAUGUUUGGAUGAUCCCGUGUUUUAAUAUCCUGCCUGUAAAGUUACCUCCAGCUUUUCUUGACUUCACCAGAUGCAAACAUUCAUAGCGUCAGAUACUUCUACAAUUAUCAGAGACGGGGGACGAGUGCUGGUCCUGUUUGAGUCACUCCUAGACGAGGGGCCGUCUACCUGGCUGCUUGUUACAGCAAAUGUAACGAAUGAAAAAGAAAUUCAAACUGGGAUUUUUUUUGUGUCUCAUCCUCGGAGACUCUUCUAGGAGUGCAUCAAACCUCUAUGCAACAGAUGUGUUAUUUAUUCCAAGGGAAAUGAACUCACUUUUCCCUGAAACUAUGCAGAAUGCGACUUUAAUUUAAACGGACUUCAAUGUUAAGAGUUUAGCUUCUCAGGCAAUUUAACUCAGUGAGAGGGUUCAGAGCCUCGAUACAACACCCUGGUCCAUAAGAAUCAUUUAUAGAUCCAUCAUAUGAUGUGACGGGGACAGGCCUUGAGUCUUUGGGCUUUUGUGAGCCGGAGACAGUCUGCCUCCUGAAAUACGGUUUCUCUUCAUAGUUCAGCACGAGAGCAACAGGGUCUCACUGCCAUCCUACUCAUGACAUACUGCACCAAGGGUAGAUCAGUGUUCUCGACAAUGGCUUCAGGUCUCACUUCUCUCAGACUGAAUUCUGGGUAUUCUCAGAGGCUGCUCUUAGAAAACUGCUGUGAUCCCUUUUGUCCCACAGCAGCAGAAUAACAGGACAGAAAACCUCAGCGUCUGAAAUACUCAUGCUAAGGAAAGUACGACGAACCCUGGAGCUACGUCUUUACAAGCAGUACGCUCAGCCUGGAUUAAAUAAGCACUGCAUGUCGUAAAACUGCACUUGUCCUAGAAUGGUUAAAUAUGAGCUUGUGUUCUACUGUUAGUUUAUGCCUGCCUGUUUUUUACAGUUAAAUCAAAAGAACAAUGUCGUUGAUGACGUUGGCCUUUCUAUAUUAAUUCUAUCAGGAUUUUCUCUCGAUGUCCAUGUUUACAGAACAAAUCUCGCUGAUCAAGGCCAAAUGAAUGAGCUAAACUGCAAUUGAGAACAUUCACGCUCGCUGUGAUAUCAAUGCAUUCUGACUGGAUGGGCCUCUGGGGGCGCCAUCCUCUGUUACUGGAUUAACAGAUGUACAGACCACGAUGAAACAUGGUGAAGAAUGUGGAAAUAAACAUCGACUUUACUAUAA